GAGACAACAAAGUUAAAUGGAAACUUUACGGUGUCAUUUCUUCAUUCUGUUAGCACUGUUCAGCAAAUCUACUUUUGCAUUAACAUGUUUUGACUGUCAAAACAUUAGUCAUCCUCGAUUCUGCGAACAGGUCAGAAAAUGUAAAGACAAUCAGAUUUGCGGGUUGGAACGAGAGGUAAAGUCAAACGGGGACAUUAUAUACAAUGUUGGAUGUAUGACACCGCAGGUAUGCGACACCAGCAGUGUAGGCGUGGGUACAAGUCAGCCUUGUCUGAGUUGCUGCUCGACAGAUCUCUGUAACACCAAUGGGUGUGGUGAACAAGAUUAUACAAAGAAUGGAACUUUAUGUUACGCUUGUUCUGGUCAGCAGAGACCUGAAUCCUGCCAUACUGUAUCUUUUUGUGAAAGUUUUGAGGUGUGCUAUUUAGAAGAAAAGUCUUAUUUUGGAGAAAAGUUUUACAAUAGUGGAUGUAAAGUUAAGCAUAUUUGCGAUGUCCAGUUUAAUAAACCCAUCGUUGGACGCCGAUCGAUUAAGCAAUCCAGGUCAACAUCACAGCUAUCAUGCUGCGAGAAUAAUCUUUGUAACGACAUUGACCGUCUGCAUGGACAAGUCCAGUCGACUUUUCAAACAACAGCUGUUCACGUCUCUAAUAGUACUCAAACAACACCUGUUCACGUCUCUGAAACUACUACUAGAUCUACAACAAUGUCUUCAGGACAGCCUUCAGAGUGUGCUGACAUAGCCUCCGAUAAAGAUGGAGUUUACACUAUCAUUCCAAAAGGAAGUUCUCAAGAAAUAUCAGUGUUCUGUAUAAUGAGAGGAGGAAACAAAUGGACGGUAAUACAAAAAAGGAUAAAUGGUAAAGAAGAUUUUUAUAGAACUUGGUCGGAAUAUAAAUCUGGGUUUGGUACUGUUCAGACAGAGUAUUGGCUAGGAAAUGAUUAUAUACAUCUCAUUUCUGCCAAUAGUUAUCAUGAACUAAGUGUGUAUGUAGAAGACUUCAAUGGCCGCCACGCUUAUGCCAACUACUCACACUUUGCAAUAGGUGAUGAGAGUACUAAGUACCUGCUAGAUAUACAUGGAUUUGUUGGUGAUGCAGGCGAUGGAUUAGAUGAUGGCAACGGAAUGAAAUUUAGCACGAAAGAUUCAGAUAAUGAUAAGAACAGCGGUAAUUGUGCUCAUGACAGGCAUGCUGGCUGGUGGUUUAAUAGUUGUGAUUAUGCCAAUUUAAAUGGGAGAUACAGUGACACACAGGGUGCUGGUAAUUACUGGUAUCGAUGGAGACAAAAUACAAAGCCACUAAAAAAGUCUAUUAUGAUGAUUAAAAGAAAAUAA